GCACAGAGCAACGAGUAGUUCAGUGACUUGACUGUCGAUCCAAGCCACUUCAGACUUCACCUAACCCUAACCCCACCCGCCCCCUUCCGCAACCGUAGUCAAGCAAUGUCGUUCUCGCUGCUCGAGCAACAGCGGCGGCUGCACGAAGAGCGCGAUCGCCUCGAGCGUGGCAUGGCGCGUCGACUUCAAGACGCCGGCAAAGCGCCUCGCGAAGUGACGUUGGCCGAGCACCAAGUCAAGGAGCUGCUCGAGCGCUACCAGCAACGCAGCAGCCAGCUGAGCGAGCUCUAUGCGGAUGAAGAUGGUGCACGACGCGACGAACUGGCUCUAAUGGGAGGCGUCAAUGGUAUCGACGAGUUCUACAAUCGGCUACGGUCGAUUCGAGAUGCCCAUCGUCGUAAUCCUGGGCAGUCGGUCGAGCUUCUCGAUUUUGAAAUGGCGCCGCCCAAGCCAGCAGCCGCGGCCGAGGUACCGCCGCUCCUGCAACCGGUCUGGGACAGCAAAACACAGCAUUCACAGGAAGCCGUGCCAAUGAGCCUUGGCAUGGAUCAGCGCGACUUUUUCGCGACAGAGGACGAGCAGGCAGCACAGCAGAAGGCGUCGUCGCUCUGGAUCAACCGACCGCUCGAGCACUACGUGACCUUCUCGGAUGAGGAGGCGUCUGGCAAAUUUCUGGACUUGCACGCACAGUACAGCGAGUUUAUCAACAUCAAGCGCAUUGAGCGCCUGGACUAUCUGCAGUAUCUCGAGUUGUUUGACCAGCUCUUUGACAUUCCCAAGGACAUUAAGCUGUCUGCGUCCUUCAAGCACUACCUCAGCGGCCUGAGCAGCUACCUGGUCGACUUUCACAAGCGCAUCCGCCCAUUGUACGAUCUCGAGUCGGAUUUCCGCGACACCCUUGUCACCUUCGAGAGCGAGUGGCGACGAGGCAUCUUCAUUGGCUGGAACACGCAAGUCGUCGACGCCGACCGCAACAACGCCGAGCCGUCGACCGCCGUGUACUGCGACGCCUGCGAAAAGUGGUUUCCCAAGCAAACAGUCUACCAAGGCCAUCUCUCGGGCAAAAAUCACAAGAAGGCCGAACAGAAGCUGCUGCAAAAGCAACAGCAAGGCGGCGACACUGCCGGCAGCAUGGCCAGCAUUGCUGCGGCAGCCGCGUCCGAGAGCACCCAGGACGUCAGCACCACCAAGGAUAUUGCUGCCUUGGAGGCCAUUGUCUAUCGCUUGACAGAGUUGCUGGGCGAGCAACGCGAGGCCACUCGAAUCAACGUCGAACGCAAGCAAGCCUUGACCGCCGAAGAGUUGCACCAAGAGCAAGAAGACGAUGCCAUUGAGAUUGAUGAGGAGGAAGAAGACGACGGCGAAGACAAGCCAAUUUACAACCCCAAGAAUUUGCCCCUGGGCUGGGACGGCAAGCCAAUCCCAUACUGGCUCUACAAGCUUCACGGCCUCAACCUCGAAUUCAAGUGCGAAAUUUGCGGUGAUGCCACCUACCGAGGACCGAAGAUUUUCCAACGGCAUUUCCAGGAAUGGCGACAUGCAUUCGGCAUGCGACGUAUCGGUAUUCCCAAUUCGCUGGCAUUCCAGCACGUUACCAAGAUUGACGACGCACGAGCCCUCUGGAACAAGCUGCAAAUGCAAAAGAACAAGGAAAAGUUUGUUUCCAUGGUCGACGAAGAGUUUGAGGACAGUUUGGGCAACGUGAUGAACUUCAAGACGCACCAAGACUUGCUCCGCCAAGGCUUGAUUUAAGACUGGUUUCCCGCCUCCCCCUCCCUCCUCUUGACACUCGGAUUUUGCUGCAGUUUUUUUUUUCAGUUGCUUACGAGCAUCAACAUCCGCAGCCAAGGCGCCAAACACUUCAUGCAAAUGCAAUACAUUCCAGUUUCUCACC